CGACAAUGGCGUCAAAACCAGGUUCAAUCGCCACUCACUACUCCCUAUGUUCAGCCUCGACGACUGGAUCCGACGUCGCCAUGGCGAAUCCUUAUUGCACAGAUUGUGUGCGGCAGGACUCUUGUGGUGGUAGAAGUGUCACUGGACUAAACACGUCCCCCGAUGCACUGUUUUUUAAGCCACACGCAGGUGGAUCAGAAGAAAGUUGGACUCCCUUACUUCGUCCCGAGGAAAGCACCAACACCCAGCCGGCUGCACAUAAACACAACCCUACCGGAGAAUGGAAGACCGGUCUUCUUUCCUGUUUUCGAUACGGUUUCUUGCAUUCUUCCUUCUGGACUGCGUGUUGUUGUCCCAAACUCUUACUGUCACAAAUCCUGGCACGAAUGGAUCUGCCGUGGCAUAGCUUGCACCAGCCUCCAUGCCAGUCGAAGCUCGGAUCGGAGAUGCACGGUGCUCGGUCCAAACAACGAAUGCUGAUAUUUUUUGCCUGUUUGUUUGUACUGGAAAUGAUUUUGACGACCCGUUCUACCUUUGUGCGCACUGAUCCAUCGUCUCCCGGACAACAGCAAUCUUCCUUGCUGCCGGAAUCGAAUGGAUCUUUUCUCGCUAUAUUGAGCGGCUGCUUUGUAUGGAACGAGGUGCUCUGUAUCGUUCUCACAUUACCGCUGACGAUAUUAACGUUCUGGAUUGUCGUAAAGCUACGACGGACGAUCCGGCAAAGGCACGAAAUUGAGACCGGUUGCUGUGGUAGUGCCGAAGACGCUUGCUGCAUCUGCUUUUGUUCAACCUGUGCUAUUGCCCAAAUGGCUAGACAGACUGCCGAUUACGAGAUGGUGUCUCCAAAUUGUUGCACUACCACGGGCUUGGCCGGGGCGGAACGCAUCAGUUUCUGCGAAUUGCUACUCUAGGACAAUCGGCUUUUUUGGAAAUUCUUUAACUUAAGUUAUCAGCACACAUGUUCUGACUAGAUUAAUGUAGUAUCCUGAAAUGGUUAUA